UGUUUGCCUUUUCAGAAAGCUAUAAGUUGCUAUUUAUAGCAAGAUCUCUCCAAGGAAUAGGUUCUUCUUGUUCUUCUGUAGCAGGCAUGGGUAUGCUGGCCAGUGUGUACCCUGAUGAUGAGGAAAGAGGCAAUGCAAUGGGGAUUGCCUUGGGAGGCAUGGCUAUGGGAGUAUUGGUGGGUCCGCCCUUUGGAAGUGUGAUGUAUGAAUUUGUUGGGAAGGCUGCACCUUUCCUGGUGUUAGCAGCAUUGGCUCUUUUAGAUGGAG